GCUGAUAUUGCCAGCUGAUGAUAGCUGCGAAGUGCUUGUUAUACACAAAAGUGUUGAAACAUGCGUGUUCUCAUAGGGGGUGGUAGUGGAUUUAUUGGAACAGCCAUAAAAAGACAAUUACUAAAUAAAGGACAUGAUGUCACUGUGUUGUCACGGACACCAGGAAGUGGAAAGAUGACAUGGAGUGAAUUGAAAGCGACUGGACUUCCUGCAUGUUCUGCAGUCAUUAGUCUGUCUGGAGAAAAUGUACUGAAUCCGAUGAAAAGGUGGAAUGAUCAAUUCAAGCUGGAAGUGCUGCAGAGUAGAGUAGCUUACACAAAGACAUUAGCAAAUGCCAUACAACAGGCUACAAAGAAACCUGAAGUAUUUGCUACAAUGUCUGGUGUUGGUUAUUAUCCUACAAGUUUACAUGCAGAAUACACGGAAGACAGCCAUGUUGAUGAUUCUAACUAUCUAACUGAACUUUGUAAGCAGUGGGAGGAGAGUGGACAGACAGCUGAGUCUACCAGACAUGUGGUUAUAAGAACAGGUGUCGUUCUUGGUAAGCAUGGAGGUGCUAUGAAACAGAUGAUAUGGCCUUUCUGGUUUGGCGUAGGUGGCAAAAUUGGUUCCGGUAAACAAUAUUUCCCAUGGAUCCACAUUGACGACAUCGCCGGAGUGUUUGUGCAUGCUGUUGAGUCCGGCAGUGUUGAAGGAAUCCUUAAUGGUGUAGCUCCGAAUACAGUAACAAAUCUGCAGUUCACACAAGCAUUGGCAUCGGCAAUGUGGAGACCCGCUAUCCUCCCAGUGCCAAGUUUCGUUGUUAAUCUUAUCUAUGGCCGAGAGAGAGGGCAGAUGCUCUUGGAGGGCCAAAAAGCUGUACCUAAAAGAACUCUGGAGAGUGGAUAUCAGUUCAAAUAUCCAGACAUACAAUCUGCACUUGAAGACAUUUUGAAGUGAUAACAUUGAU